ACCUUUUUCAAAUUGCAGUAUGGACUGCCAACCAGGCACAAGAAAAGGAAUUAUAGAAGGUGAGCCCACGUGUUGCUUUGAAUGUGUAGCAUGCCCAGAUGGAGAGUUUAGUAAAGAAUCAGAUGCAAGUGCAUGUGAGAAAUGCCCUGAGGAUUCAUGGUCCAGUGAGAACCACACCUCCUGUAUUGCCAAGGAAAUUGAUUUCUUGUCCUGGACUGAACCAUUUGGAAUUGCUUUGACACUUUUUUCUAUACUUGGGAUCUUUUUGACUUCUUUUGUACUUAGUGUCUUUAUUAAGUUCCGCAACACUCCGAUUGUCAAGGCCACCAACAGAGAACUUUCAUACCUUCUUCUUUUCUCCCUGAUUUGCUGUUUUUCUAGUUCUUUACUAUUUAUUGGGGAACCUAAAGAUUGGUCAUGUCGCUUACGGCAACCAGCAUUUGGAAUUAGCUUUGUGAUAUGCAUUUCCUGCAUCCUAGUUAAAACCAAUCGUGUUCUAUUAGUAUUUGAGGCAAAAAUACCAACAGGUUUACAACAGAAGUGGUGGGGCCUUAACCUUCAGUUCCUGUUAGUUUUUCUGUGUACAUUUGUGCAAGUUAUGACAUGUGUAAUUUGGCUUUACACAGCUCCUCCAUCCAGUUAUAGAAACCAAGAACUAGAGGAUGAAAUUAUUUUUAUCACAUGCCAUGAGGGCUCAUUGAUGGCACUAGGUUUCCUGAUUGGCUACAUAUGUUUACUAGCUGCCAUAUGCUUCUUUUUUGCUUUUAAAUCACGAAAACUGCCAGAAAACUUCAAUGAAGCUAAGUUUAUCACUUUCAGUAUGUUAAUUUUCUUUAUAGUCUGGAUUUCCUUCAUUCCAGCAUAUGCAAGUACAUAUGGGAAAUUUGUGUCAGCUGUUGAAGUUAUUGCUAUCUUAGCUUCUAGUUUUGGACUGUUAGGAUGCAUAUUUUUCAAUAAAAUCUAUAUUAUUGUGUUCAAGCCAUCAAGAAAUACCAUUGAAGAAGUGAGGUGUAAUACUGCAGCUCAUUCUUUUAAAGUGGCAGCCAGAGUUACGCUGAGACAAAGUAAUGUUUCCCGCAGGCAGUCCAAUAGUUUCUGUGGCUCAACACUAUCCACAUCAUCAUCAGAUAGCAAAGCUAUUGAGCAGGAGAACUCUCCUUCAGACAAAGCACAGUGUGGCUGCAAGCAUAAGGUGAGCUAUGGCAUGACAGACAUGGCUUUGUCAAUACAUUGUGAUGAAUCCCUCAGUAAUACUAUGACUAAGAAAACAAUGAUCAGAAAUAUUUCUCUGGAAGCUAACAGUGAACAAAGCCCAGUGAGUCACAUAACCUUCCUUCUUAUGCCAAAUAGUGAUGCAGGUAGUGAAGCUAGUUUCAGAACAGCACUCAACAACGAAUCCGAAUAUCAGGAUUUGGGAAAGGAAAUGCAUUAUGAGGAUCAAACUCCAGAAGAGAUGUCUUCUACCCAUUCAAUGAAUUCCAUUAACAUCACAGGAGGAGGUGGGCAGGUCAUAGCUGAAAAACUAUAAACUCUUUCUGAAUGCAUCAGUUAAUGUUAUGAAUGGAAUAUUGUCUUCCAUUACUAUCAACUGCUGGACUGUAAAAAAUACCUGAAAUAGACAGUACAGCUAAAGUUUGACACGGUCAAUAUUGCAUGCAGUGGAUCUGUAUUGUCAAAGCUGCACUUCAUAUUCCAUACUUUCUAGUGUUAGAGAUAAAAACUGUCUUAUGACAUUAUAGAACUUUAGGCUAGCUAGUGCUUGUUUUCAGGCAUG